UAAAAGUUACCCAACUGUCGGUGAGAAAAGAAAGGAUAUUCAUGGUCUGACCACUUCCUUUAUUUGACAUAAUCGCCUCCCAGCGGUAGACUACUACUAAAUGCAUUCGUACUAAAUGCACGAAGCGAAAGCGAAACCGGAAGCUUUUUCUUUUGCGUGCAAGCUGUUGUAGAAAAUGGAGAACAUCGUGACCAACAAACCUAAUCUCAUCAAAUGGCUUAGUUUGGAUGCGACUCAUUUAUUGCAGCAUGUUCAGUCAAAAGGGAUAAUAAAAACUGAGGAGUACAACGAUCUGAUGUCCCUGAGUUCUUCUAGGAUAAUAGUUAUCCACCUUUUGGAUUUACUCAUUGGAAAGGGUGAAAGUACGUGUCGGUCAUUUCUGGAGUUACUAAAAGAAGAUGAUGUAAAUGAAAGUUUUCCUAAGCUGAGAGAGUGGAUCAUAACAGUGGACACUUCGGUGACUGCAGACAUGAAUGGAAGUCCAAGUCUCAAGGCAUCAGGCACCCAAAUAACAUGCAACAUCUCUGCAUCCAAGGGCAGUCAUGUAUAUGCACCUACCAUAGCAGGUUCAAGUACAGGGCCCGUUGUAAUUAAUACAACAACGACUACACGUGGCGGAUCAGACUGUAAGUGUAAUUACAAACCAGAAAGAUGAAAGAGACUGGGGAGGAGGAGAAACUGGUGACAGAUCAAUACAAGAUUGUCAGAAAUUUCUAAAAGCAAACAUCAGUGCAUUGGUUCAAAAUGUGCAGAUGAUUGAUCCAAUUCUUGAUGAUCUUAACCUGCACAAAGAAUCCACUGCAAAUGUGAGAGCGAAGACAACCAAUCAAGAUAAGAUGAGGAAGCUGCUUGAUUGUGUGAAUUGCGAAAGCAUCGCUAAGAAGCUGGUCAAGGCUUUGCUCAAGCAUGAAAAAGAUCUAAUGAUGGAAAUCAUGCAAGGGGUGCCCGCUCGUUAACUACACGGAAAUGUAAUUCAUCUUUUUUUCAAGCAUUGCAAAAUU